UAAAAGCGGAUAGAAUUCUGAAGACUCUGUCAGUAGUUCGUUGUGAAGAAGUUGAGGAGUAAGCGAAGAAUCCCAUCUGGACUCUUAAACAUAAUCUCACCAAAAUGGCCUUAAGAUUGGUUCUUGUUUCGCUGGCAUUCCUGACCAUCACAGGAAUCAAUGCCCAAGUUACGGAGGAACCAGAAUUAGACACUGAAGGAAUCAUCCUAACAUGCACAGAUACUGAGAUGAUUGUUGAGAUCCCCAAAUCACUCCUGACUGGUGAAAUGUCAGGUGAGAACGUCCGUUUCGAGAACGAAGAAGACCCUGAUAAUGCAUACUGCCGGGGAGUAGACACAUCCAACGACGCCAAUGAGGACAUCAUCGAACUCACUACAAACCUAACGGCAUGCGGAACAAACAGGAACGAAAGUGCCGACGAGGAGACAUACACCAACCGUGUUGUCAGCCGUUACCUAGAUACUGAUGUCAUCAGCCGCCAGUACGCCAUUGAGAUCCCUCUAUCAUGCUCGUACAAUAGGAGUAAACAGGUCGGUAGUGGGAACGUCCGCUACCAACUCACUGACUACACCAUCGACAAGACUCUUGAUGAGGAGGGUGCCUACACCUUCUCAUUCGAUAUCUACACAGAUGACACCUACAAGGAGGCUGUGGGAACCUACCCUAUCGUCAUUGGCCUCAACGAAGAACUGAACUUCGCUGCAUCCGUGCUGUCUUUGGACGAUACCCUCGACCUCUCCAUCCGUUCCUGCAGAGCCACACCAAAUUCGGAUUACGACUCUGACGUCUAUUUCGACUUUAUCGGCGGAGCCUGCUCACUUGACGGCGAUGACACCAACAUCACCUAUCUUACAGACUAUCGCAUCGGAGUAGAGAUCAACACUUUCAGGUUCAUCGAUGAGGGAGAUAUGGUUUAUAUCCACUGUGAUCUCCUGGUAUGCGAUGCCGGAAAUGCUGAAUCCCUUUGCAAGGACAAAUGUGCCACCUCGACAUCAAUGAUCACAGGGAGGAGGAGGCGUGACGUCAGCAGUGGAUUAAAGACCAAGCGAUUUACCCGAGGACCUCUUCGAGUACGUCGUGCUGCACAGUCACAGGAAAGCAUUUCCCGAAUGGACAUUAGCCAGAGUGGAGUUUCACCACAGCAAGAGGUUACCAACGCUUUCAACCCAUGGAUGGUUGCUAUGGCUGCUAUGGCAACCGUUGUCAUGGCAAUGGCCGCCAUGAUGGUAGUAGUCCUCCGCAAAGUCAGCAACAUCUCUGCAGCACCAAAGCGGGGUCAGUACAAGGAGGAAUCAGCUAGACUUCUUGAUGAGAGCGAAGAAAUCUAAUUCCAGAGAUCCGGUACAUUAGGAUAUUGCAUUGCAGAAUAGGGGAAAGGGGUGAAAAAUGAACCUUCAAAGUACAAACCGAUAAAAUCAAUGGAUAUGAAAAA